AUGCCUUCAAACCGACUUCUUCGGCCAGCAGCGGCUCUACUGUCCGCGUCGACGAAGAGGGUGAAGCCUACAACUUGCGGUCGAUUCUACGAGGCAGCGCGACAAGCGCAUACCAUUUCACAAUCGCUGGGAAUAUCAGCGAUACCCAGACCAGCACUACGACCAUCUUCCAGGUUACCGCCGAUAGCGCCUUUAGGUGCCCGUAGUAUAUUCAUACAAACUGCAACCACGCCGAACCCCGAUGCGCUGAAGUUCUUACCGAACCACCCGGUACUGCCCCCGGGAUUCCCAACUACCUUCGUCGAGUAUAUGAACCCGCGGAGUACGAUCGCGCCGCCGUAUCCCUCGCCACUGGCCGCGCAACUGAUGAACAUUGAUGGAGUGACGUCCGUUUUCUAUGGUCAAGAUUUCAUAACGGUGACGAAGAGCCCAGAUGCGAAUUGGAUACAUAUCAAGCCGGAGGUCUUCAGUCUGAUCACAGAAGCUAUUACAGCGGGGCACGAGAUUAUCAACGUAAGCAAAAAGGAGGGCGAGGAACAAGGCCAGGAGGCGAGUGAGGAUACCUUAAGUUACAACGAAAACGACAGCGAGGUCGUAGGAAUGAUCAAAGAAUUGCUCGAGACUCGGAUACGACCUGCGAUCCAGGAUGACGGUGGUGAUAUCGAAUUCCGGGGCUUCGAAGAUGGAUAUGUUAGGCUAAAGCUCAGGGGGGCAUGCCGAACUUGUGACUCGAGUACGGUCACAUUGAAGAACGGAAUUGAGGGCAUGUUGAUGCAUUACAUCGAGGAAGUUAAAGGGGUACACCAAAUCACGGACCCAGAAGAAGAGAUCGCGAUACAAGAAUUUGCGAAGUUCGAAGAGAAGCUCCGACAACAGAAGGGGCCAGAUGCAGCUCCAACUACGCCCGGGAAGGAUUCGUUAGAUUCAGUCCCCGGGUGA